AUGCUACGUCUGAUCCCAGAAAAGGAGGAGGCCAGUUUCGCCUUCGAUAUACUGAGCAUCACGAGGCCCUCGGUACAAUUUGCUGCUGCCCUUGCAUCUCCUCUCCUUGGCCCAACCUGCUACUGCUCGCUCGCUGGGACCAGCUACCUGGGGUAG